UGUGUGUGUGUGUGUGUGUGUGUGUUGUGCGUCUGGGCCUGGGUUUGGCGGUGCUGCUGAGCCACGGAUGACGCAGGACUACGACCGAAAUUUCAAUUUCCGCGACACUUAACAGACUCAAUAGACAUGGGUUAAGUGUCGGAGCCGUGAAAACAGCCUAUUGAAGAGAGAGAAGAGAGCGGAGAGCGCGUGUGAAAGCGGACCAGAGGAGUCAGAGGAGGGCUGGCUGGUGGGGGGUUGUUGAAGGCGAGGGGAGAGAGAGAGAGUGUGUGUGUGGGGGAAAGGAGGAGGAAUAGGACAGCCAUUACCAUUCAGGAUCACGUUGCCUGCUUUUCUCCUCAGCCUCAUCCCCCUUCGGCUGGUGUGUGUGAGUGUGAGUGUGUGUCGGCUCGGUGGCAACAGAAACCCGAUCGGUUGGAGCGGAAAACAUCCAACCUUUCGUCCAUCCAUCCAUCCAUCCCGCGGAGGAGGUGUUGGAGGAGGAGGAGGAGGAGAAGAGGGAGCAGCGGCGGCAGCAUCCCCCGGCCUCCCUCGCUCUCUGCUCGGAUUCAAGGACCGCUGCUGCCCGGCGGAAGCCCCUAAAGUGAGAUGGAGUCGUCAGACGAUGAUACUCUAAGUGAGCGCUCCUGCGUCAGCGAGCCGUCCUUCCGUAGCGAGCGUUCUGGGGGGUCGUUGUCCCCGUGUCCGUCAGGACUUGUGGGGCCACCUGGAGACACUUUGCCAUGGAACCUGUCCAAACACGAGAGGAGGAAGAGGAAGAGCCAGGACUCAGUGCUGGACCCGGCAGAGAGGGCGGUGGUCCGUGUCGCAGAUGAGCGGGACAGGGUGCAGAAGAAAACCUUUACAAAAUGGGUCAACAAGCAUCUCAUCAAGGUGAGGAAGCACAUCUCAGACUUGUACGAGGACCUGAGGGAUGGACACAACCUGAUUUCCCUGCUGGAGGUCCUCUCUGGAGUCACCCUGCCCAGAGAAAAGGGGAGAAUGAGAUUUCAUCGACUACAGAAUGUCCAAAUAGCGCUGGACUUCCUCAAACAGAGACAGGUCAAACUUGUGAACAUCAGAAACGAUGACAUCACAGACGGGAACCCCAAACUGACGCUAGGGCUCAUCUGGACCAUCAUCCUUCACUUCCAGAUUUCAGAGAUUUACGUGAGCGGCGAGUCGGGCGACCUCACGGCCAAAGAGAAGCUGUUAUUAUGGAGCCAGCAGGCGACAGAAGGCUACCCCGGCCUCCGCUGCGUCAACUUCACCUCGUCCUGGAGCGACGGACGCAUGUUCAACGCUCUGCUGCACAGAUACAGGCCAGACCUGAUCGACAUGGAGGUGGUGUCACGGCAGAGUAACCGUGAGAACCUCGAGCAGGCCUUCGAAAUCGCAGAAUCGUUAGGGGUGACCAGACUGCUGGACGCCGAGGACGUCGACGUUCCUUCUCCCGAUGAGAAGUCGGUCAUCACAUAUGUCUCUUCCAUCUACGAUGCCUUCCCCAAGAUCCCUGAGGGAGGAGAGGGCAUCGGUGCACAUGAGGUGGACCAGCGCUGGUCAGAGUAUCAGUCCAGGUUCUCCUCUCUGCUCCAGUGGAGCCGCCAGCAUAUGGCCCUCAUGGCCAACAAGAAUUUCCCACAAAACCCCGUGGAACUCAAGGCACUUUACAACGAGUACGUCCAUUUCAAAGAGACGGAGAUCCCUGCUAAGGAGAUCGAGAAAGGUCACAUCGAACACCUCUACAAACUGCUGGAGGUGUGGAUAGAGUUCGGUCGUAUUAAGCUUCCUCAGGGCCUCCAUCCCAAUGACCUGGAGGAGGAGUGGGGUAAACUCAUCCUGGAGAUGCUGGAGAGAGAGAAGGCCCUACGGCCGGCUGUGGAGAGGCUAGAGCUGCUGCUUCAGAGAGCCAACAAGAUCCAGAACAUGGCUCUGGACUGUGAGGAGAAACUCACCCUCGCCAAGAACACACUCCAGGCUGACAUGUCUCGAGUGGAGAGUGGCGAGGCAGUGCAGUGCGAGAAAGAACUGGCCUGUUACCUGCAGGACUGCGAGUCCCUGAUCAGACAACUCAACCAGGAGCUCAAAGUCCUCCGAGAUGAGAAGUACUACCAGGUGGAGCAGCUGGCGUUCAGAGUGUCCUGCCUUCAAGAGGAGCUGGUCUCCCUCAGACUGCAGUGCUCCAGUGUCUACAGGAAAGGACACUUCACUCAGCCCUGGGCAGCACCGGGGCAGAGCACACCAGCCAGCGAGCCACCGACGGCAGCCUCUCACUGGGGCAGACGCCUGCUGGGGGCCGUGGGAGCUGUGGGAGCCGCGCUCCUGCGGCGACCCAUGGCCCGCUCCCAGCUGGUGGCCAUGUCUUCAUCAGAGGACGAAGGAUCCCUGAGGUUCAUCUACGAGCUGCUGGGAUGGGUGGAGGAGACACAGGAGCUGUUAGAGCGAGCUGAAUGGGGCGCAGACCUCCCCUCUGUAGAAAACAACCUCCAAGAGCACAACAACAUACACACUGCAGUAGAGGAGCUAAUGAGCAGCCUGCAGGAGGCACGCAGCUACGAGGCAAAAGUUUCCCCUAACUUCAAGAGCAAUUACUCAGAAACCCUGGCCAAGCUGGAGCACCAAUACUGCAAACUACUGGAACAUUCGUCAUGGCGCCUGCGGAGCUUGGAGAGCCUGCAUGCGUUUGUGUCGCACUGCACUGAGGAGCUGAUCUGGCUCAACGAGAGGGAGGAGGAGGAAAUUGCCUACGACUGGAGCGACAACAACGCCAACAUGAACGCCAAGAGAGAAUUAUACAGCGAAAUGAGGUUAGAGCUGGACGACAAACGAGAUGUGAUGCGGUCACUCCAGGAAACAGCCAGCCGCCUGUGUCUGGAGAACCAUCCGGCCAAACAGACUGUGGAGGCGUACAGUGCGGCCCUGCAGACUCAGUGGCAGUGGGUGGACCAGCUCUGUUUGUGUGUAGAGCAACAUCUCAAAGAUAAUACCGGGUACUUCCAGUUCAUGAGUGAUGCUCGGGACUGUGAGUCGUACCUGCGUCAGCUGCAGGAAACCAUCAAGAGACAGUACACCUGUGACAAGAACAGCAGACUGAGCAAACUGGAAGACCUGCUGCAGGACUCCAUGGAGGAGAAGGAGCAGCUGAUUGAGUACCGGAGCACUGUGGCAAGUCUGGUGGGCCGGGCCAAGACGGUCGUGCAGCUCCGCCCCCGCAGUGCAGAGAGCACCCUAGGAGCCACCACGCCCAUCAAAGCCAUCUGCGACUACAGACAAAUAGAGAUCACAAUAAGUCGAGGAGAGGAGUGCGUGCUGGAGGACAACUCUCAGAGGACCAAGUGGAAGGUGAUAAGUCCCACAGGGAACGAGGCCAUGGUCCCGUCAGUGUGUUUCACCGUCCCGCCUCCGAACCAGGAGGCCAUCGACACAGCCAGCAGGACAGAGCAGCUGUACCAGAAGGUCAUGUCUCUGUGGCAUCAGCUCCAUGUGAACAUGAAGAGCGUGGUGUCCUGGCACUACCUGCUCAAAGACAUCAGGACUGUCUCUGGAUGGAACCUGGACACGGUUCGGUGUCAGUCUCCAUCAGAGCGGCAGCAGGUACUCGAUCACCUGGAAUCCCAGUUGGCCGACUUCCUGUCCGACAGCAAAGAGAGCUCUCUGUUCACCCAGCCUGAAAGACGAGACCUGGAGAAGGAGGUUCAGCAGGCGCAGCAGUACUGCCAGGACCUGCUGCACAACAUGGAGACCGUGGAGAAGGAUGAGUCGGUGUCUCGGUCGUACCUGUCGGAGCUGCAGAACAUCGCCCUGCGUCUAAACGAGGCCGAGCAGAGACUGAUGAGGGCGAUUCAGACUCCGCCCCCCAGCAGGCUGUCAGGAGAGAGCCCUGACAACACUGUCCAGAUCGCAGAGCAAGAGAAGCUGCAGUCGGAGCUGGACACCCUGCGCUCCAGUUUGGGCGACGUGUCUCGUCGCUGCGUCAGUUUCUUCGAGGAGAAGCCGACAUCCUCCAGCGUUCCUGUUCUCCGGUCUGAGCUCAACCAGGCUGUGGAAAAGACGGACAAACUGCACAACCUCUCAUCUGUCUACCUAGAAAAGUUAAAGACAGUAGACGUCCUGAUUCGCAACCUGGAUGAAGUGGAGAGCCAGGUCAGAAAGUACGAGAGCAGACUGAGUGAAGAAGACAUAGUUCCUGCGGACACCUCGGCCAUUCAGAACCUCAGAGAUCAACUAGGGAAGUGGCAGGCUGAGCUGGCUGAGCAGGAGGGCAUCUUCCAGUCUCUGCAGUCUGUCGUACGUCGCGCCAAAGAGGCCGGGUCUCAGCUCAGCAGGCUCCACCCUGAUCGCAGCCCUGAGCUGGAGCUCUACCAGGAGAGAGCCAAUCAGAUGACAGAGAGGUGGAGCGGAGUCAGGAGACAGAUGGAAACACGACGAGCUGAUCUUGAAGCUCUGGGCUCAGCCCUGCAGCAGUACAGAGACGGUCACUCUGCUCUGAUCAAGUGGAUCGAAGAGACGACGGAGAGACAGGAAAACACACAACCUGGACAGACUGACAGCAAAGCCCUGUCUGAACAGCUGGCCCAGCAGACGGCAUUAGUAGCCGAGAUUGAACAAAACCAGACCAAACUAGAUGAGUGCCAGACUCACUCCAAACAGUACUGCACCUCAGUGAAGGACUAUGAACUACAGCUGAUGACGUACAGAGCCUUUGUAGAGUCGACACACAAGUCACCUGUCAAGAGGAGGAGGAUGCACUCCUCCUCUGACGCCAUCACUCAGGAGUUUAUGGACUUGCGCACACGCUACACGGCCUUGGUCACCUUGACAACCCAACAUGUAAAAUACAUCAGCGAUGCACUGAGAAGAUUAGAAGAAGAAGAGAAAGAGGUGGAGGAGGAGAAGCAGGCCAGAGUCGGCCAGGUUUCAGAUCUGCUGGGCUGGGUCAAAGGUCUCCAGGGACGGACCGGAGGCCCCAACCCUGAGUCUUCACUUGCUGCUCAACAGGCCAUCAGCGAACAGCUCGCAGCCAAGAAGGAUGAGGUGGCUGAGGCCAUAAGGAGCACACAGGUCUUCUUGCUAUCAAAACAGGCCAGCAAGCUGUCCCCAGAGGAGCGUGCUCAAGUGGAGGCUCAGCUGGACGAGCUAACGUCCACCUACAACCAGAUGUGUGACAGCUCCACGCAACAGCUGCAGCAGCUGGAGCAACAACUUGCCAAAGAGGAGGAAAGAAAGAACCAAAUUGCCAUCGCUGGAGUGAUUGACCUGGGAACAGUGGAAACAUUCCCGGUGUUCCAAGCAGCCCAACGUGGUCUUAUUGACCAGGACACCUGCCAUGUCCUCCUGGAGGCCCAGCUCAUUAUGGGUGGGCUCGUCCAGCCUGACUCCCCUCUCACUCUGUCGCUGGAACAAGGUCUAGCUCAAGGUCUAAUUGACACCCGUACCAGACAGUCCCUUUCUGAGCUGGAGAAUGCCCUGCUCCUGGUGGAAAAUACUAAAUCCCCAGCUGACCAAAAUGUGUUGCCAGUAGCUACGGCCAUGGAGUUUGGGCUCGUCAAAGAGGAGGUGGGACUCCGUAUCCUGGAGCUCCAGCUGAACAUCGGAGGUCUUAGAGACUCAAAAGGAAAAAUUAUGAGUUUGGAGCAAGCAGAAGACAUGAGACUUUUGACUCCCAGAACAGUCACCAAACUCCAGUCACGGCUACAACACAGAGAGCUGAUCGAUCCAAACACAGCUGAAAAAUUAAACCUCCUUGAGCUACAACAGCGCUGUGUCUUUGACGAUGACUCAGGUCUCCUCCUCUUCCCUGUCAAACAGCAACCCGGAGGAACGGUCUGCCUCCGCUCCGGCAGAAAAGUCGGCAUCUUCCGUGCAGUCCAGGAAGGUCUGAUUGAUCGGAAAGUUACUGUUCGACUUCUUGAAGCUCAGCUGUUUGCUGGUGGUAUUGCUGACCCACGGUCUGGCCAUAGACUGACAAUUGAUGAGGCUGUUCGUCAUGGUCUCAUGGACCAGGAUCUAGCAUGUGCCAUGUUAGCACGUCAGCUGCAAAAUGGGGGAAUUCUAGAUCCUUUCAGGGGAGAACGCCUGGAUUUGGAAGAAAGUAUUCGCAGAGACCUUCUCUCCCCACGUUUGGCUCUGUUGGUCCUUGAGUCUCUUUGGGCUUUUAUGGGACUGCUGUGGCCUGAAUCUGGAGAACUUCUGCCCAUUGCUGAGGCUCUUCAACAAGGAGUGAUUUCAGGAGAGCUAGCAAGAAACACCCUGACACAGCGUCAUGCCAUCGGGGGUUUGUACAACCCAGAAACCCUCCAGGUGCUGCCCCUAAACCAGGCUGCUGAAGAGGCCCUUGAGCCCAGUGUAGUCAGCUUUCUUAAAGACACACACAUCCCAGAUGUUCUUGUCAACAUGAAUCAGUCUGGUACUCCAUCUCUAAAUCGCUUGAGUUGGGGCUCCUCCAGCUCCUCUCCACCUCCAUCGUCCCCACCUGCUUCAUCAUCUCCUGCAGGCCUUGUGUGGGAUGCUACACCAAUAGAUGGUAUGGUUCCUGAAGAACAAGCAAAACACAAGCUGCUCUUUCACCUCAUGACUCACAGCUAUGUGGAUGCUCACUCUGGAAGACGGCUGGUGCUGCUCGACCCUGAGCUGGUGGAACUGGUCAAAGCCACUGAACCGGUUGCUGGAGACUUUGUAUAUGAAAGUCAAGUUGAGCCUUUAAGCACUUUUGCCACAGAUAAGCAAGAGAAAUUGCAAAUGGUGAGAGACUUAAGUUUAACAGAUAAAGGAGUGAGUUACAAACAAACUGAAGCUGAAGUAGAAAGUUCCUGUUUAGUCACACCAACCGAAGGUGUGGAGAUCUGUGUUAGUAGUCCAGAAGAAAGGUAUGAAGAAAAUGAUGACAAAUUGUUGCCGAAACCAUCAAUAAUUAUUGAGUUUGCAGCUAAAGAUGAAAUCAGUGUAGGUAAAGAUGCAAAAGUAAAACCUAAAAAGAAAGAAAAGUCCAAUCUUGAAAGUUCAGUGGUUUUAGCCAAAGGUCCAGGGGAACUGAUAGCGACUGAAUCCAAACCCAGAGAUAUCGGUGGUCCAGAGACUAGAAGUACAACCACUACAGUAGAUAGAAAAACCGUUACAGCACCACUCAAAUCAGAGGAAGCAAUUGAAAGGAAGAUAUUGAAAGAACCCAUCCCACUGGCAGCAGAAACAAACAAAGAUAUUCAUUCAGCAAAAUCUGAAGAUAGGAAAGAUAUAAAACAUCCCCAGACUGAAUCAGAAAAAAUCAUACAAAAGGUAUCUAUAAUAGAGACUGACCUAAAGAUUGAUAAACCUCAGGCUGCUGUUCUUGAAUCAGCAGUGGAGAAGGAAGGAGAGGAUGCUGAGUUGGCAAGGUUAGUCCAAGAGCUCAAACAGGGAGGUCUGAUGACAGAAGAUGGAGAGAAGCUGCUUCCAGAUGAGGCUGUAGCCCAGGGUGUGCUCCCUGGCCACACUGCAGUUAAAUUAAUGGCUCAGGCGGGUCUGUUUGGGGGUUUCCUAGAUGCCAGCAGUGGUGAGUCACUUAGCAUGGAGGAUGUUAUGCAGGAAGGUUUGCUAGAUGAAGAUCUGAUGUGGAGUGUCCUGAAGUCAGAUAAAACCCUCGCAGGGGUUGUAGAUGUAGAGAAAAGGCAAAUCUGUGGGAUAAGGGAAGCAGCUCAGGCAGGGCUGAUCGACCCCAACACUGCUGCCCGACUUCUAGAAGCCCAGGUGGCGUCUGGGGGGAUUGUUGACCUACGUAGGGAUAAAAAAGUCUCUGUCACUCUUGCAGCAAACCUGGGACUGGUUGAGGAAGACCAAAGAGAAGAACUGGUGGCACUAGAGAAGGCAUACAAAGGAAAAGAUACAGAUUCAGCAACAGCCCUCAAGAAAGCCAGUUUACAAUUACAGAUGGAAGGUGUUAUUGACCCAGAGUCUAAGUCUCCAGUUCCCUUGGAGCAAGCAAUUCAGAAAGGGUUAAUUAGUCCAGAAGAGGCUUAUCAGGUGUUGGCAAGGCAGGUGGCAGAGGGUGGUAUAAUACAUCAUGCUUCAGGAAUGAGGCUUUCAGUCUCUGAUGCGAUAGAUAGAGGAUUAGUGGAUCGGUCCAUUGCUCGUGGCCUGGAGGAACUAGAGUGGGUCUACCAAGGAAGAGUCAGUCCUUCAUCUAACCCAGACGCUGUUGUUCUCCAGGCAUCAACAGGAGCUAUUAUAGACCCUGACUCUGGAUAUAAACUGACAUUGACAGAGGCCGUUUCAAAGGGUCUCCUGGAUGAGAGCAUAGCCGAUGAGGCCAUGACUUCCCCAGUAACACAAGGAGCACUUGACCCCCAGACUGCACGCAUUGUGCCUUAUUCAGAACUCGUAAACCAGGGUAUGAUAGAUAUUGAAACAGGUAAACGUUUCUUGGAGGUGAAACCAUUCAGAGGUGUUCCAGGGGAGCAGACAGGAGACAGUUUUACCCUUUCUGAGGCAGUUGCAUCAAAGAAAGUUGACCCAGUUUCAGCACUGAGGCUACUCCAAAGCCAGGCAGAUAGUGGAGGUAUCAUUGAUAUCAAGACUGGAGAAAGGCUCCCUCUGUCUGAAGCCUGUAAAAGAGGUCUAGUUGGACAUGAUAUGGUCAAGGUGAUAGCCACAAACCAGAUUUUGAAAGGAGCCUUAGUUGAUCCCACUACUGGACAGCAAGUCCCUAGUGUCAGUGAUGCUGUUGCAGUAGGACUGAUAUCCACUGACAUACCUUCAGAGAUUCAGGACAAAGAGGCCUCUCCAGAGAUAGAGGGUGAUGAAGAUAGUUCUACACCUGUCGCUUCAUCAAUUGGUACAUACAGCCCUGCUAUUGUAAUGUCAGUGACAAGCCCAGACAGUCCAGCAAGCUGGUCAGAUGUAGACACUGAGAUGCCUUCAAGAUCUCGACUUUCAAAGAAAGGUUUAGGAGUUUCACAGGAUGAUGGUGAGACAUUAACGUCUGUAGUGACAGAUCAGUCACUGUUUUAUGACGCUAUCACAGAAGAGGAAAAAGUAGUGCCAGUGUCAGUGGGAGAAAAGUCCUUAACUGAGCCAGAGCAGUCCAUGGACCUCCUGUGUAAUUUUGCAGCUAAUGUUGAGAAGAGAAUUCAGCAAGCCAUAGAAGAGAUAGCACCACAUAAAGACACUGAUAAAACUGAGAGUCUUCCUGAACAGGAGCCUGAUGAGAGGCAGAUGGGUGAGAGUAAAUCUGAUGAUGAACAAAAGGAGAGUGUUCUCAUAGAUUCUGUUGGAGAAACCAUGCAGACACAUGUCCAUGAAAUUUGCAAAGACUCCCAGGGAGAGGUUGGAAAAGGAGCUGCUAUUUUGAAGACUGAUGGGGAACCUGUGAAGGUUGGGGAAAGGGAGGGUAGGGAUGAUGAAAGCACAUCGGUGGUUCAUGUUUCUGAAGCUGGAAACCUGAUAGGUACUGUGGCAGCAGAGAUUAGAGAUGACAGAGAAGGCAAAGACAGCACUGAACUGUCAAAACUGAGUGGGGAGGACUAUAGAAAGAGUGAUACAGCAACACAGAGGGAUGAUGGUUUAGAUAGUGAGAGCAAAGCUGUGGAAAGAGAAAAACCUUUAAAGCUUGAGAUCAAAUCUACCACUGAUGUUGAGCAGUCAGACCAGUUACUGAACUCUCAAUCCAAAGAGACAGAAGGCAAAGGCAAGAAAAAGAAGAAGAAUAAAAAGAAGGGAAAGGGUGAAGAAGCAGAGAGUGAAAUACAGCCUCCAGAGAUAAAACAUCCAUCUGAAAUGGACCAAGCUGAUGCAGAAAUUGAAGUGCAGCCUGAGGCAACAGAUGCAGUCACAGAUGAGUUUACAUCACAAGAGAAACAUGAGAAAUUGCAGAUUCAUGGUCAGGAAGCUUCCCUAGGCCCUCCCAGUGGAGAAAGAGAAGCAGAGAUUGAUUUGAAAAUUGAGGCUGAAAAUGAUUUGGUAAAACAGGAACGAGAAGCUGUUCUAGCCACUCAGAAAUUCACAAAACGUACUGCUGAGCCAGAAAAGCAUGCAAUAAAAAUGAAGUUUUCUGAGGAUACUGAAAAAGAUGAUAAGAGAGAGGAGAUCAAAAGAGAGGAACAGAAAGAGGAAGCUGAAGAGAAGGCCCCUGUCCCCAAACAACCAGAACAACCAGAGAGCAGACAGGAGGUAAAGAAAAGGAAGGAGCAAGAAUUUCCUCAGAAAUCAACUCUACCGGAAAAUGAGAAAGCAGCGUUGAUACUGAAAGCCAAGGAGAGCAUUCUUAAAAAGGUGUUUGAAAAAGGAGUGAGUGGGAAGCAGGCUGCUGAGGAGCUGCAGGCACUUCGCAAAGAGGUGGGGAAAAAGGAGAGUCAAGGCACAACUGUUAGAGAUGUAAAGGCACAAACUCUGCCUGCCAAAGUUGAUGGAGUGGAGAGUUGUGAUGCCAAAGAUGAUACUGUCAAGAGACUGAAUGGUUCAGCAAAAGAGAGGAGUGCCAAAGAGGACAAAAUGAAACUGCCAAAGGUUAAAGAAACUAAGACUGUGGAAAAACUCAAGGAGGUUGUGGAGACCAAACAAAUAGAAGCUCCUUCAAAAGAGAAAGAAAAGAUCAGGAGUUCUGGAAAGGAAGACGUACAGAAAGAUGUUGAAACAACUCCAUCAGUUCAACCUAAAGAACCUCAGCAAAGUAAACGAAGUAAGAAGAACAAGAAGUCCAAGAUCCCAAAAGCGUUGGACAAAGCUGAGCCUGAUACUGAGAAAUUUCCAACUGAUGAAAAAGUGGAUUCAGAGGCGACAACAACAAAACCUACCACAAAACCAACAAUGACAAAACCAAAUUUGGACAGCUCAGCUUUGACUAAGGAGCAGAGGAUGGACAAACCUACUGAUGGUCAGUCAACCAGUGAUGUCAUCCAGCCUUCAGAUGGUGACAAGGUGAACAAAAUGGAGACCUCUGCAAUUACUGUUAAAGGAGCUGAGACCAGUCAAAGUCAACCAUAUUUAUAUCAACCAGAGGAGACCAGUUCUCAUGUUGAGGAACACCUACAAGUUGCAGAGGUUGCAUCUACUGGGAAAGAAGAAUCCCUUUCAGAAACCAUAAGUGAAGGCAAAUCCACUGACUUUUCCCCUGAGGUUGUCACAAGCAAACCAGACGUCCAACUCACAGCUCAGUCUGUGACUCUUGGCACACAACCUGAUAAAACAGCUGGGAAACGUAAAAAGAAGAAAGGUCGCCAACCAACAGAAGCUCAAAGUACCAAUGUUCCUGAAUCAGAAGUUGUAAAGGACCAACAGCGACAUCUUGAGUCUCGAGAAUCAGAACCUUUUGUCUCAGAAGAUGUUUCAACUGAGUCUGAAUCACCUGGAGUCCCUGAGUCUGAUACAGCCACCGAGAGCUGGGGAGAGGAAGAGGAUGAUAUCAGAGAGAGUCAUGAAAUUGUGUCAAAGAAAGAGGGGACGACGUCCAUCACUGGCAAGUCGUCAUUAAAGCGUCAGGAAUGCUUGGAGCACGACCAGACAAUCGUAGCCCUGGUCUCUAUGGUGAGACAUAUUGAAGUCCGACUCAAACAGCAGCAGCAGCAGUCUGUUGGCCGCAGUCUCAUCGCCCUGGAUGAUAUCAUCAGACAGACUGAGACUCUGGACCUUGAACUGCGCGACUUGGAGCCUGAGAUCACAAAGGAAGUGGAGGCUGCUGAGCGACUGCUGAAGCCCCAACCUAAAGAUGUUCCUCCGCAGCUCCUAUUGGCUCUGGAAAAGGACGGGCGUAGCUUGGCUCGAGGGUAUGAGGCUGCCAGAACACUUUCUGAAGGCAUUCUGCAAAGCCUGCGAGACCACAGAGACUCAUACAAGGAGGCAGUAACAGCUGAGCAGAAGUCACUGGGAGUACAAGUGGAGAGUCUGCUCUCCUGGUUGAGGGAGACAGAGGCUCAGAUGGAUGGAGGAAUGGCAGGGAUGGAAAAAAUGGAGAAAGCAGAGAAACAUGACAACCACGAUCAGCUCACACAGCAGCUGAAUCUUUGCAAGGAGCUCCAGACCUCCCUGAUGGCUCGCUCCAAUGAGGUCAACAACGUGGCCCUGGAAAUUCAGGUUUUCAUCUCAGAGCGGGCUCAGGACCUGGCCCCCGAGCAGAGCAGGCAGCUCCUGGGGCAGCUCCAGCAGCUCCAGAGGGCCUUCCACAGAGCGUCUGGCCAAGCCCAGGCCUGGGCCGAUGCCCUCUCCGCCCAGAGAGAGAGGGAGGAGGAGUGGCAGCGCAGGGACAGGGUGAAAGAAGAAGAAAAGGACAGAGAAAGACAGAGUGCAAGGGAGAGAGAGGUGGUUCAACAGCAGAAAACCGAAUGCUCCCAGAAACUAGAAGGUCUCAACAUGUGGUUGGCUGGAGCUGCCAGUUUGCUGGCCAGUCAGAGUGCUGGAGCAGAGUCAGGUGACAUGAACAUCCUGCAAGAGAAGCAGAAAAAACUAAAGGAAGUACAGAAGGACCUCCAGACUAAAGGUGAGGGCAUAGCUCAGGCCAUCCGCUCUGUGGAGGAUUUCCUGGCAGAGCGGGGAGAAAGUCUGAGCCCAGAGGAGAGGGAGAACCUCCAGGGGGCGCUAACAAGAAUGAAGGAGCAGUACAGUGCCCUGACAAAUACAGCAAAUACAUCACUGUCAGAGCUGGACAUGGCCAUCAACACCACUGUACAGCAGAACACGCAAAGGGCAAAGGCAGAGGAGGAACUCCAGGAGACACGAGGCCAGAUCGACUCUCUGCUGAAUGAGUUGUCCUCCCUUAACCAACCAGGCAGGAGAGGAGUUGGACCUGCCGUGGUUCAGGAUGUUAGUGAUGCACCGUCACAGCCAGAGGGCGCUGUCAUGUCACACACAGAAAUGCUGCAGGCGGAGCUUCAGCAGCUUCAGGCUCAACAGGCAGAGCUACUUCAGAUCACCCAGUCAACUCGGUCCCUUUUGGAACAACCUGACUCGACCGUUCCUCCUGAGGAGAAGCAGCGUCUCCGGGCUGCCCUGGACCAGCUGCAGGCCCAGCACCAGGACAGACUGCAGAGCUGUCAGGACCGUCUGAGGAAGUCUGAGGCUCUGAAGGAUGAGUUGACGAAGUUCCUCCAAGAACAUGGAAGUCUAGGUUCCUGGCUGGAACAGAGCGAACAGGAACUCCGUUCCCUGGGGGAAGGAGAAACGGAUGCACAGGGACUGAAGGGCAGACUGGAGGAGCACAGAAAGCUUGCUGAGGAUGUCAUUUGCCACAAGGCGGACCUGCGUUUCGUCUCCAUCUCCGGCCAGAAAGUUCUAGACUCUGUUCAGGGGGCUCUGGAGCAAGCUGGUAGUUCAGACCCAGCUCUGGCCAGCACCAAGCAGCUGGUAUCUGACAAACUGCAGGAUGCAAACCAUAGAUACACAACUCUACACACCAAGUCAACAGAGUUGGGUGGCCGUUUGUCCGGCCUGUUGGAGCGGUACCAGCAGUACCAGGACGAGGUCGUCUCCCUCCACUCCUGGCUCAGCGCUCAGGAACAGAACCAAAGCAUAGCCAAGCCCAGCGGGGACACAGACCCACAGAACCUGCAGAACACACUGCGACAAGUACAGCUGCUGCAGGAUGAGCUGGCAGAGCGCUCAGUGCAGCUGGAGAAGGUGAAGAGAGCAGGAAGAGAUCUGGUCAGCACAGAUGAGUCUCCAUCCCUGAAAGCAGUCGACAUCCUCUGUGCUGCAGAUGGUUUAGAGAAGAGAUUUGGCUCCCUCUCUGCUUCUGUUUCUGAGCGGGCCGAGCAGCUUCAGACGGCUGUGGCUCAGUCUGUCAGCGUCCAGGAGGGCCUGAAGGGUCUGCUCAGCUGGCUCGACAAACUGGUUCUGAAGCCCGGACCAGUGGAGCCCACCGCGCAGGCUGUACAAGACGCCCUUACCCAAAAUCAGAAACUUCGGCAGGAGCUGCUCUCCAGGCAGGGCAGCGUGGAAGCAACACGGGACUCUGUUUCCAAACUCCUUCAGAGCUCUGACGCUUCCACAGCCCCUGGCCUCCAGAGCGCUUUAGACGAGCUGAUUCAGCGAUACACUGCAGCGCAAGCCAGCCAGGCUGAGAGGGAAUCUGAGCUCAAAGCGCUGCUGCCCAGACUAGAGAACUACGAGCGGCUGGCGACCGACCUCCAGGUGUUUACCCAGACCAGACUGAAGGCUCUGAGCCCGGUGGGCCAGCCAGACCGCAGCGUGGAUGACUACAGGCAAACCAUUGAGGAGGUCAAGUCUGAGCUGGAGCAGGAAGCCAGCCAGCUGAAGUCCUUCUGCAACCUCGGCACCGAGCUCAGCCAAUCAAACGCUUUCAGUAACACUCAAAGCUUAUUGGAUAAUGUCAGAGGGGUGUCGGAUGAGUUCACCCAGCUGGAAGCAAAUGUCAACGAAAGGUUUGCUGCCAUCCAGGCCUGUGAGCAGCAGCUGCUCCAAUUCCGUGGGCUCUCCGGGUCCCUCCUCAGGUGGCUUCAGACGGCGCAGGACCAGCUGCCCCCCAAGGAGGCGAACCUCAACACCGAGGGGCUGCAGAGACGAGUCCAGCAGCUCAAGGACUUGUUGAACGACUGGGAGUCACAGGGAUCCCGGGUUCAGGACCUGAACAAGACCGGCUCAGAGCUGGAGUCCCUUAUCAUCGACAUCACCGCUCCUCAGACCAAAACUGGUGCUCCUCAAAUCAAUGGCUCAUCAGGUCCCAGCAGUGUCAAUGGCAUUCACACCUGUAAAGACCUGACAGAGCUCCAGGUAGCCGUGUCUGAUGUGAACGGUCGAUACGAGACGCUGGGCGGAGAGUUGAAAGAGCGUUCAGGCCGCCAGCAGGCCUCGCUGGAGCUGAGGCAGAAGGCCAGGCAGGGCACAGACGAGCUCAAGAGCUGGCUGGCAGACAAAGAGCACAGCCUGAAACAGGGACAGACCGCCUCCCCCUCCAAACCUGAGGUGGUACGUGCCCAGGCCCAGGAGAACAAGGCUCUGCUCUCUGAGCUGGCUGAGCACUCUGGGAAGGUGGAGGAGCUGAAGAGCACGCUGAGGAAGCUUAUUGCUGACAACCCUGAUUCUCCUGAAGCAGACAGCUGGAGACAACAGCUGCAAGAGAUAGACUCCCGCUGGCAGCGGACCAAUCAGACGGCAGCCCAGAGGCAGACCGAGCUCGAGACGUGUGCCGAUAGACUGGGCAGCUUCGCCUCAGCGGCCAAUCAGCUGGGGCCGUGGCUGAGGGAGAAGGAGCUGAUGAUGAGCGUGUUGGGACCGUUGAGCAUCGACCCCAACAUGCUCAACACACAGAAACAACAAGUACAGUUCAUGCUGCGAGAGUUUGAGACCAGGCGGCCACAGUUUGACCUGCUGACCCAGUCCGCCGAGGGUAUUCUCUCCCAGGCUCCUGAUGCUGCUCAGGACCCCAAGGACCUGGCGGAGGUGCGGACUGAGCUGGGCUCCAUCUCCCAGCAGUGGGAAGACCUAACAAACCGACUGACUCAGAGAUCAAACCACAUCGACCAGGCCCAAGGAACCAGCGAACGCUACCAGGCCUUGCUGAGAGAGCUCUCCUCCAGUGUUUCUGCUCUGAGCGAGAGGCUGGACGCUCAGGCCUCGCUGAGCGCCCAGCCCGAGGCGCUGAAACGUCGCCUGCAGGAGACCGGAGAAAUCCGCUCAGAGCUGGAGAGACGGCGGACCGAGCUGGCUGAGGCCGAGAGGCUCUGCCAGGAGCUGAGCGCCAUUGUAGCUGAACCCUACCUGAAGGAAGAACUGAGUAAACGACUGGAGAGCGUCAGCGGGCCGCUGAAGAGUUUGGAGGAGCGUGCAGCUGACGGUCUGUCCCAGCUCCAGGCUGCCCUGUCGUCCACCCAGCAGUUCCAGCAGAUGUUUGAGGAGUUGCGCUCCUGGCUCGACAAGCAGGCAGAUUCCAGAGAAUCGUCCACCUGACUCCCUGCCUGCCAGCCAGAGGCCAUCCGCUCCCUGCUGGCACAGACAGAUGAGCUCCAGCGCAGCAUUGCCAGUCAGAGAGGUUCCUACGAGCUGAUUCAGGCCGAGGGAGCGUCACUGCUCGCCACGCUCCCGGUGGGCGGAGACGAACGGUCUACCCUUCAGUCCCACCUGGCUUCCUUGCGACAGGACUGGGAGGGGUUGAACCAGAGAAUCUCAGACCGUGAGAGCAGACUGAAGAACACUCUGAGCAAAGCAGAAACCUACCAGCAGCACAAGGCAGAGCUGAUACCGUGGUUAUCAGACUGUGAGGAGAAAGAUGGAGAGAUCCAGCCUUCACUGGACUCAGCCGCCCUGGACGAAGCCUUGCAGAGGGCCAGAGGUCUGUCACUGGACCUGGAGAGACGGCAGCCUCUCCUCGAGGCCUUCAAUACUGCAGCUGAUCAGCUGCUGGAGCAGUGCUGCAUCGGGGAGGAGGAGGUUCGGGAUGAGAAGGCCCAGCUGAACCGCAGGGUGGAUGGACUUGGAGAGAGGCUCCAUAACCGCACCUCCCAGCUGGAGGAGCUGGCCAGCCGCCUGAAGGAGUUUGAAGAGGGCAGACAGGCUGUGGAGAGGAGGCUGGAGGCUGCCAAGCACCAGAUUGAAGUCCAGGAGGCUCUGGGACCUCAGGCGUGCAGCGCUAAGAGCCUGGAGCGGCUGAGAGGUCAGCAGGAGAACCUGAGGUCCCUGCAGCCUCAGGUGGUCUACCUCAGAGACCUGGCCCAGGGGCUGGUGCAGGAUGCACCUCAGACACCGGGAGGCAGCACUGAGGGGGCGCAGAAGCUUCAGGAGCAGGCGAGAGGCACCGAGAAGGAGUAUGAUGACGUUACUGGCAAGAUCGAGCAGUGCUGCUCCUCCCUGGAGUCUCGUCUCCAGGGUGUCGGCGAGGUCCAGUCUCACGUGCGCGACGUCUUCUCGCGCCUCGCCGACCUCGACGAUGAGCUGGACUCCCUCAGCCCCGUGGGGCGCGACGCAGACUCCCUGGCAUCUCAGGCCGAUGCCUUGAAGGGCUUCCUGUCGCGCCUGGCCAACCUGAGGACGGAGCUGGAGGGCCACGCGUCGGAGUGUACCAACAUGCUGCGGCGAGAGGGAUCCUCCCCGGACCUCCUGGCUCUCAGGAGGGAGACUGAGGCUCUGAGCCGCCAAGCCGGCAAGCUGAGUGAGCGCGGCCAGGCCAGACUGGACCAGAUCGAGGACGCGGCCGGGAGGGUCCGGGAGUUCUACAGGCUGGUGGCAGAGCUGCAAGGCCUUCUGGGAAGGGCUGAAGAGGGGCUGAAUGCGCAGGGCAUCGUCGGCACAGAGGUGGAGAUGAUCAAACAGCAGCUGCAGGAGUUCAAGGCUGUGGAGAGAGAACAGGUGGACAGCAUUCAACCGAAGCUGCAGCACGUCAACGCAGUGGGACAAGGUCUGAUCCAGAGCGCCGCCAAACACACCGACACCCAGGCGCUGGAGCAUGACCUGGAGACGACCAACCUCCGAUGGAACUCACUCAACAAACGGGUGGCCGAGCGGAUCGCCCAGCUGCAGGAGGCCCUGUUGCACUGUGGGAAAUUCCAGGAUGCUCUGGAGCCUCUGCUGAGCUGGCUGAGCGACACAGAGGAGCUGGUGGCCAAUCAGAAGCCUCCGUCUGCCGAGUACCGCGUGGUCAAGGCCCAGAUCCAAGAACAAAAGCUGCUCCAGAGAUUGUUAGACGACCGCCGACCGACGGUGGAGAUGAUCCGUGCUGAAGGAGAGAGGAUUGGUGCCACGGCGGACACUCAGGACCGAGAGAAGAUCCAGACUCAGCUCCAGAGUCUCGCAGAGAGGUGGACUGACCUGCUGGACAAGGCCAGCGCCAGGCAGAGGCAGUUGGAGGAGCUGCAGGGUUUGGCUCUUCAGUUCCACGAGGCCCUGGAGCCUCUGGGAGAAUGGCUGAGCGCCACCGAGAGACGCCUGAGCUCCGCCGAGCCCAUGGGAACCCAGACGGCAAAGAUCACCCAGCAGAUCGUCAAGCACAAGGCGCUCCAAGAGGAUGUAGCCUCACGAGAAGCCGACGUCGACCACCUCGAGUCCCUCAGCCAAUCGCUGACCCCGCUCAGCUGCGCGGUGGACCGCGAUUGGUUGAGCGAGCGCGUGGGGUCGGUGAGGUCCGGUCACUCGGAGCUCGCUGAUUGGUGCUCGAGGCGGGCGGGCCUGUUGGAGCAGGCGCUGGCCAACGCUCAGCUGUUUGGAGAGGAGGAGGUGGAGGUGCUGAACUGGCUGGCAGAGGUGGCUCAAAGGCUGGCUCAGGUCUCCGUGCAGAGCUACCAGCCUCAGCUGCUGGCCGAGCAGCACAAACACACUCUGUCUCUGAAUGAAGAGAUCUUGAGCAGGAAGAAAACAGUGGACCAGGCCAUCAAGAAUGGACAAGCUUUACUCAAACAGACCACAGGUGAAGAGGUCCUCCUGAUCCAGGAGAAGCUGGACGGCAUCAAGUCUCGCUAUGCUGAGAUGACAGCCAGCAGCAGCAAGGCCCUCCGCACCCUGGAGCAGGCUCUGCAGCUCGCCACGCGGUUCGCCAGCGCACACGACGACCUUAACCAGUGGCUGGACGGCGUGGAGGCGGAGCUCAACAACAUGGAGCCUGACGCCACACCAGCCUAUCAGGAGAGACAGAAGGAGCUGAAGAAAGUUUCAGCAGAGAAGCGCCUGGUGUUGGAUACGGUCAACGAGGUGGGCAGCGCUCUGCUGGACCUGGUGCCGUGGCGAGCCCGGGAAGGCCUGGACCGCCUGGUCGCCGACGCCAACCAACGCUACCGCCAGGCUGAUGAAACCAUCACUCAGCGCGUGCAGCUGGUACAAGCUGCCAUCCAGAGGUCACAACAGGUGCUGCAACAGCAGGUGGACGCAGAGCUGGCGUGGGUCGGAGAGACGGAGCGCAAGUUGGCGUCCCUGGGGCCCCUGAGUCUGGAGCCUGACGUGACAGUGGCUCAGCUGCAGGUGCAGAGGGCCUUCAACAUCGACAUCAUCCGACACAAAGACACCGUGGAUCAGCUCCUCAGCACCAGAGAUGACAUCCUGGAGACUUGCAGCGAUGCCCAGAAGGAUGCACUGAUGGUUAAGACGGAUUCUCUGAGUGCUCGUUACGACACAGUGAGCCAGAGCCACAGCGAGCGGUUCUCAGCUCUGGAGCAGGCCCAGGUUCUGGUGGCUCGGUUCUGGGAGACCUAUGAGGAACUGGAGCCGUGGUUGGGCGAGACUGAAACCCUCAUCACCCAGCUGCCGCCACCAGCCAUCGACACAGAUGCUCUCCGACUGCAACAAGACCAGAUGAGGCUGCUGAGGGAGUCCAUCGCAGAGCACAAGCCCCACAUUGACAAGCUGCUGAAGAUCGGGCCCCAGCUGGCCGAGCUCAGCCUCCAGGAGGGGGCGACGGUGACGCAGCGCUACACCGAGGCCGAGAGACGCUACCUGGCCAUCAAAGAGGAGGUGAAAGGUCGCGCUACAGCUCUAGACGAGGCGGUGUCUCAGUCCGCACAGUUUCACGACAAGAUGGACCCCCUGCUGGAGACCCUGGAGGGGGCGGUGCAGCGGCUGAGGCAGCCUCCCCCGGUGGCGGCGGAGGUGGAGAAGAUCAGGGAGCAGCUGGCGGAGCACCGAGCCCAGGGGCUGGAGCUGGACAAACUGCUGCCAAGCUUCUCCGCCCUCUGCGCCCGCGGAGAGGAGCUCAUCGGACGAGCGGCUCACGACGAUCCUGCCGCUCAGGCCGUUCGUUCCCGCCUCCUGCGCCUUCGCUCUCUGUGGGAUGAGAUCCGGCAGCGAGCCGAGGAGAGGGAGGGCAAACUGAACGACGUCCUGGACCUGGCAGGAAAGUUCUGGGCCGACGUGGCGGCGCUGCUGAGCACGCUCCGAGACUCCCAAGAUAUCGUGAGAGAGCUGGAGGACCCUGGUGUGGACCCCUCGCUCAUCAAGCAACAGAUUGAAGCUGCUGAGGCCAUCAAGGCAGAGACAGACGGCCUGAGGGAGGAGCUGGAGUUUGUCAGGACCCUCGGGGCUGACCUCAUCUUUGCCUGCGGAGAAACGGAGAAACCUGAAGUCAAGAAGACCAUUGAUGAGAUGAACGCUGCCUGGGAGGGUCUGAAUCGGACAUGGAGAGAGAGGAUGGAGAGACUGGAGGAGGCCAUGACAGCCUCUGUGCAGUAUCAGGACGCACUGCAGUCUAUGUUUGACUACCUGGACAACGCAGUGAUCAAGCUGUGUGACAUGUCGACUGUGGGAACCGACCUGGGAACUGUCAAACAGCAGAUUGAAGAGCUCAAGCAGUACAAGGUGGAGGUCUACCAGCAGCAGAUUGACAUGGAGAAGCUGUGCCACCAGGGGGAGCUGCUGUUAAAGAAAGUGUCAGAUCAGACAGACAGGGACAUGAUCCAGGAGCCGCUGACCGAGCUCCGCCACCUGUGGGACAACCUGGGGGAUAAAAUCACCCAGAGACAGCACAAGCUGGAGGCUGCCCUGCUGGCUCUGGGUCAGUUCCAGCAUGCCCUGUCUGAGCUGCAGGCCUGGCUGAGCCACACACACACCACCCUGGACACACAGCGACCGGUCAGCUCUGACCCCAAGGCCAUCGAGAUCGAGCUGGCCAAACACCACGUUUUGCGUAACGACGUGCUGUCCCAUCAUGCCACAGUGGAGACUGUGAACAGUGCCGGCGCUGAGCUGCUGGAGUCCUCCCCCGGCGAUGAAGCCAGCCACCUGAGGGCCCAGCUGGAUCAGCUCAACCAGAGCUGGGAGAGCCUGCUGCUCAAAACACAGGAGCGACAGAAACUGCUGGAGGCCGCCCUACAGCAGGCUGAAGGUUUCCAUGGCGAGUUGGAGGAGUUCCUGCAGUGGCUGAGGAGGACGGAGAGUCAGCUGUCUGCCGCCAAACCAACAGGCGGUCUCCCUGAAACAGCCAGGGAGCAGCUACAGCAGCACAUGGAGCUUCAGGCUCAGCUGACGCAGCGAGCGGACCAGUACCAUCGCCUGCUGGAUCAAGGAGAGUCCAUGCUGCUGGCGCGAGGAGGAGAAGAAGCAGGACCCGGUACCACCCAGACCCAGCAGAACCUGGCCAUGCUGCAGAACAAGUGGGCCAGCCUCAACACCAAGAUGGACGACCGCAGGGCAAAGCUGGAAGAGGCCGUUUCCUUGGCCACAGGUUUCCAGACUUCUCUGCAGGACACCAUCAACUGGCUGACCCAGGCUGAACAGACCCUGAACAUGGCCCAACCCCCGAGCCUCAUCCUGGACACUGUCCUGUUCCAGAUCGAUGAGCACAAGGUGUUUGUGAACGAGGUGAACACCCACAGGGAGCAGGUCCUGGCUCUGGAGAAGGCCGGCUCUCAGCUUCGCUUCGCCAGCCUGAAGCAGGACGUGGUUCUCAUCAAAAACCUGCUGCUCAGCGUCCAGGCUCGCUGGGACAAGCUGGUCCAGAGGUCACUGGACCGCGGCCGACACCUCGACGAGGCCCGCAAACGAGCCAAACAGUUCCACGAGGCCUGGAGGAAGCUGACAGACUGGCUGGAGGAAGCCGAGAAAAGACUGGACUCAGAGCUGGAGAUCUCCAACGAGCCGGACAAGAUCAAAGUACAACUGUCCAAACACAAGGAGUUCCAGAAAGCACUGGGCUCGAAGCAGCCUGUUUACGACACCACAGUGAGGUCCGGGAAGGCCAUGAGGGACAAGGCUCAGCUGCCUGCAGACACCCAGAAACUGGAUCACCUGGUGGGAGAGGUCCGCGACAAGUGGGACACCGUCUGUGGCAAGAGCGUGGAGAGACAACACAAGCUGGAGGAGGCUCUGCUGUUCUCAGGUCAGUUUGCUGAGGCUCUUCAGGCUCUUGUUGACUGGUUGUACCGGGUUGAGCCUCAGCUAGCUGAAGAUCAGCCCGUCCACGGAGACCUGGAUCUGGUGUCCAACCUCAUGGACUCUCAUAAGGCUUUCCAAAAAGAGCUGGGUAAGAGAACCAGCAGCGUUCAGGCUCUGAAGCGUUCGGCUCGGGAGCUGAUGGAGACCGGCCGCGAUGACACUGCGUGGGUCAAAGUUCAGCUUCAGGAGCUCAGCAACCGCUGGGAUACAGUGUGUGCCCUGUCCGUCACCAAGCAGACCCGCCUCCAGCAGGCGCUCAAACAGGCGGAGGAGUUUCGUACGGCGGUGCAGGUGCUUCUGGAGUGGCUCUCGGAGGCGGAGCAGACGCUCCGUUUCCGGGGCGUCCUCCCUGAAGAGGCGGAGACCCUGCAGGCGCUGCUGCACACACAUCGUGACUUCAUGGGCACGGUGGAGGAGAAGAGGACGGACGUCAACAAGGCUGCCGGCAUGGGAGAGGGCAUCCUGACUCUGUGUCACCCUGACUCCAUCACCACCAUCAAACACUGGAUCACUAUCAUCAGGGCGCGUUUCGAGGAGGUGCUGACGUGGGCAAAACAGCACGAGCAGCGGCUGGAGACGGCUCUGACCGAGGUGCUCAACAACGCCAACCUGCUGGAGGAGCUGUUGUCAUGGCUACAGUGGGCUGAGACCACAUUGGUCCAGAGAGACACGGAGCCGCUUCCUCAGGACAUCCCACAACUCAAAUCGCUCAUCACAGAACACCAGAUGUUUAUGGAGGAGAUGACGAGGAAGCAGCCGGAUGUGGACAAAGUGACGAAGACCUACAAAAGAAAACCAGCCGAGGCUCCCAGCAGCCUGGCGGAGAGGAGAGGAGCUCGCAAACAACAGCAACAGCAGCAGCAGCAGCAGCAGCAGCAGACGGCCAUGCAGGUUCCUGGAGGAAACCCGCGACUCAACCAGCUCUGUGCCAGGUGGCAGCAGGUUUGGCUGCUGGCUCUCGACCGCCAGCGCAAACUCAACGAUGCUCUGGACAGACUGGAGGAGCUCAAAGAGUUUGCCAACUUCGACUUUGACGUGUGGAGGAAGAAGUACAUGCGCUGGAUGAACCACAAGAAGUCUCGCGUCAUGGACUUCUUCAGACGCAUCGACAAGGACCAAGAUGGAAAGAUCACGCGGCAGGAGUUUAUCGACGGCAUCCUGGCCUCAAAGUUUCCCACCAGUAAGCUGGAGAUGACAGCCGUGGCGGACAUCUUUGACCGAGAUGGAGACGGUUACAUCGACUACUACGAAUUUGUCGCUGCUCUUCACCCCAACAAAGACGCGUACAGACCAACCACUGAUGCUGAUAAGAUCGAGGAUGAGGUGACUCGGCAGGUGGCCCAGUGUAAAUGUGCCAAGAGGUUCCAGGUGGAGCAGAUCGGAGAGAACAAAUACCGGUUCGGUGACUCUCAGCAGCUGCGCCUGGUGAGGAUCUUGCGCAGCACGGUGAUGGUGAGAGUCGGAGGCGGUUGGAUGGCUCUGGACGAGUUUCUGGUCAAAAAUGAUCCAUGCAGAGCUCGUGGUCGCACCAACCUGGAGCUGAGGGAGAAGUUCAUCCUGCCUGAAGGAGCGUCUCAGGGUCUGGCUGCGUUCCGCUCCCGGGGCCGUCGCUCAAAACCGGGCUCCAGAAACGCCUCCCCCACCCGCUCCUCAUCCUCGGCCUCCCACAGCGGCGCCUCCAUCCCCUCUGCUCCCUCUGCCCCUGCCACACCAACAGCCUCCGCAUCAUCCAGGGGGGCGGCGUCGGGAUCCAAACUGAAGAGGCCGACCUUCCACUCGAGUCGAGGAUCUCUGACCGGAGAGAACGGAGGAACGACACACACCAGCAAACCAGGACGAACUGAUCCAAAGCGAGGAGCCAGCGGUCCGGCGAGCCGAGCCGGCAGCAGGGCGGGCAGCAGAGCCAGCAGCCGCCGCGGCAGCGACGCCUCGGACGCGUCAGAGCUGCAGGACGCUCGCUCCGUCUGCUCCGACACCUCAGACACCCCGAGACGACCUGGCAGCGGGGCCAAACCCUCCAAGAUCCCCACCAUCUCUAAGAAGGCCCCCAGCCCAAAGACCCCAGGGUCUGCAAAGAAAUAACACCAGCCACAGAGAAAACUGGAGCAGAACCGUUACACCUCCCUGUCUCAGAGGGGGGGCCGCUGUCGCCGGCCAUCGUGGGUGUACCAGCUCUUUAAUCUUGAACGUCCAUCCACAGGGCUUGUCACUGAAUUUGUGCACUAUGACUGAUAUUUAACUGGGGGAAGAAGGAGGUGGAUAGCACAAAUCUCCUUCUCACUCUUUCCCCGUUCUUUAAAAACGGCUGAAAACCUGCACAAGAGGAGAAAGGUUCUGGUCUGGUCGUCCCAGGCCAGAGUCUGCGGGGUGGGCGGAAAAAACGACUUUUCCCCUUUAAGAAGCGACCCCCAGUUUGCCUUCCAGUCUCCUGCUUCUUCUUCUUCUACAACAGUUCCCCACCAGCGUGGAACCAAACACCGACUGACUUGACGUGAUGCUGCCUUACACACUUCUGUCCCAGUUCGACAGAGCGACACAGAAAGUCUUUAAACUGCUUUGUACCACACUGACACACAAAUACACACAUUUUAGCUCAGAGGCGGGGCAGGGAGUGGGACACACCACCACCACCACCACCACGGCUACAAAAACAAAAAAAGCUCAAAUGACAUUCAGGAGAAAAAAAGAAAAGAAUUGUGGGUUAUUAUUUUGGCUUGUGGGUCAGAUGCCUCAGCGAUGAGUUAAAAAAGAAAAUAUGCAACGACUGCCAUGUCGCUUCCUCUGGACUCGAGAAAAAGAGUCACCUCAGCAGAUCUGGAGAGGCGGGAAACGCUGUCCGACACACACACACACACACACCGGCUAACCUCAGACUCAGAGGAUCGGUGGCGAUGGAGGUGGUGGUGGUGGUGGUGGUGGAGGUGGUAGUGCUGCUGCAGCUGAGGGCAAACACUCACACACUCAAACACCGCAGAGCAGACUCCUCCCGACCACCGGAACGCCAAGAUCAGCCUUGUGCGAGCAUUUUCAGCAAAAGGGGGCGGUGUGGUUCUCUCACAUGCCGGCGUAACAAUCGGACACACACACAAAAAAAAAAAACACCUAAAAACUCACAAACUUGGCAAUAGAAAGGACUGUUUCCAUGGUGACACACUCAACUAACAGCACAGUACUGACAAUAUAUACGACAUGUGUAAUCUAACCCGAUGUUAAUGCCCGUGUUCACGGAGUCCGACAACCAGCAUGCACUAAUUGUCUCUUCCUCUGCAGUUCCACCUUAAUGUCUACACUGCGUUGCCCUUAGCAACCGAGCAGCACAUACCCACACACACACACACACACACACACAUGAGGUGUUGUGUACCAUGUGUGUCUUUGUUAAAGGUAAUAAUAGAGGUCAUUGACUUGAGUCACUGUAUGCAAAAAUUUUCAUUUGCGAAUGUCUUUUUUUUUCUGGUUAAUUUAUAAUCCAGUUGUACUUUUGUUUUCUAGCUUGAGAGAAAAAUCUAUUUAUUUUUCAGUUUCAUGUCAUAUCACCAUUCGCGGAGAGUGAUUUUAGUAUUAUGGUUAAAGAAAUUGUGAUUUUUUUUUGUACCAAGGAAAUGUCCACUCCGCUCUUUGACAUUAUUUGUGUGUAAAGUGUGUUUCUACUUCAUUGUAACAUUACAUUAUUCACUAGGUCUCUGAUUCUAGUGGCAGCCUUGUUUGUUUAUUUUUUCUUUUUUUUUUGCUAAUGACUAUAAUUCCCAGACCAUGACCAAAGGGGUUUGCCCUUCAUGUGUAGAGAGAACUACAGAUAUGAAUGACAGGAGUCCUGGGUGGAGUGGACCAAUGAGAGCGGGUUUUCCUCCCUCGCGUCCCUCCCCAGCGUCUCUUCUUCUUCUUCUAGGCUUUUUUCAAAUGUCCCGUCAUUGACGGGGCCGCGAGUUGUGUCUCCUGUGUUAUCUCAGUGUAAGAGAUGAAGUUUAUGAAAACGAAUGAAAUUACAGUAAGAAAGAAGACAUCUUAAGGUGAUUUUUAUUUAUUUAUUGUCUCUCUUGAGGAGGAGGGAGGGGGUUCAGGGCGAAGGAGACGAGUCCACCACCUUUUGAUGCUGUGCUACUCUCAGUGUGAUGUUGAGAACAUGGAGGGAGGGGCGGGAGUUACUAGGAGUCAAUUGUGUAAAAGUUAAACAAAAAACUAAAAUUAUAAACAUUUUUUUGUUCUGUUUUUGUAUUAAAAAUAUGCUUGCAGUAAAA